AGCUGGAUAUCAAGUUUUGUCACUGGCACUGUUCGAUGGAUGGAGCAGUGUGAAGGCAUGGUCCAGUAUCAGUUUGGGAUCUGGCUGUAGCUGAUGGAGGAAAGAAUUGGAUUCAUAAAAUGCUGGGCUGUGAAUAAGGAUCAGAGAAUACCACCAUGUUAACAGCAAAACAGAUAACUGAAAAUCUACACCUGUUUGGUGACCAUGUGCUUCACUGCUUUGUGUACAUCUCUCACGGUAUCCAUGACGAUGGGAACAACCUGGUUCUGCAGUAUGCCUGCGCUCUGCUCAAUUCUGGUGGCGGCGUUCUCCAGAUGAACAAUGUGCAGCACCAGUCAGUCCAAUCUAAAGACCUCGACAUGUGGUGGAGCGGAAUGGAAUGCAACUUCGCCAACAUCCUUUCCGGGGAUGACAUCUGCAACUACUUUGAUUUCAUUGGCAACUUCGACGACCCUCAGCUCUACCUGUUUGUCAAGUCUGCUGAACAUUUGUGCACACUGGACUACCACUGUCGUCUGCCCACGGAAACGGCCACCCACGACGUGUCGUACCGGUCCGUUGUCAAGCUGCUGACCAGAGCUGGUGAGUGUGGAUCCCUCAGUGAUCUGCCUGCCAUACCUUCGGAAUACGCCUUCAGGAGAACGGAGGACCAACUGAAGCAAGAGGGCAAACAGAUUCAGUUCAAACAUCUCACCUCACAGUCUCUGUCUUCCAAGUCUGUGCCAGAAAAAAUUCAGCACACUGUCACACGAUACAUCUCGGCGUUUGCCAAUCACGAGGGUGGCCAUAUUUAUUUUGGUAUUGAAGACUCCAAGGCCAUGGUGAUGGGAGAGAUCUUGUCACCUCGUGAUCAGGAAAAAACAGCUCGCAGUGUGGAGAAGAAGAUGAAAAGUUUCAUAUGGUGCGACACGUCACAGAAAGUACAAAGAGGCAAACACUGGGAUAUCAAAUUCUUCUUGGUUAAGGAAUGCUGGCCUGAGAGACGGGUGAUUGUAGUGGUGUCUGUAUGCAGGUUUCCUGGAGGUGUGUUUACAUCAUGUCCAGAGAGUUUUCAUGUGGACUCAAAAGGAGAUGUCCAGGCUUUUACCUUUCAGCAAUGGAAAGAUGCUCAUCUUGCAGAAAUUAGAGACAAGCCUCAGCUCCACGCACGGUUCUUCAAAGUACCAGUGUGUUCUCCUCAGUCUCGCCUCGUGUUUGGACUUCCACACACAGUACAGAGUAUCAAAAACAAGGUUCUCAAGUGUAUGACAGGGUUUAGCCUUCAGCCUAAGCAUGUUCUGGACAAAAUCCAGAAUCCUGCCAUUAAAACAUCAAUCAAAAAUAUCUUGUCUACGUUUUCUGAUGAGCCUCAUCUUGCAGUUGACGUUCAUUCUUUUGGAAUUGGUUUGGAUCUGCCAUCAUCAGUAGAUAGUGUUUUAGAUGUGCUGGUAUUAAGUCCACACUAUGGACUCCAUCUGAUAACCAUGACAACAAAAUCAUCCAGUGACUCUUCAGUACUGAAACACUGCUGUUCUGUUGCUAAAACCAUCAAGAUGAAGUUGGUUCAUCAUGGAGGGUGCACUGAAAGAUUUGGAAUACAUAUUCAUGUUGUUAAUAUCAAUAACUCUUUAGCCUUGGAAAAUUUUCAGCUGGAACUUGACAAAACCAUUUUCCCGGUGACAUACAGUAACGGCGAACAUAUUUUGGAAAAAAUUCUGUCAUGUCUGGUAGUUGCAGUGUCUGCUUACAAACCGCAUGAGGCAGCUACAAAACAGGAAGAAUAUUACUUCCUCCUGACGUGUGACCAGUUUGAACUGCUGUGGAAUUAUCAGUUUACUAAGGAAUUGUGGGUGCACGGACCACCGGGAUCAGGAAAGACCGUGUCGUGUCUGCUGAUGAUCAAACACUUGGUGCAGCAGGGAUGUCGCAAGCAGGAAGUGUUGUACAUCGCUGAGAAUGACUUGCUCUGUGCUUAUAUCAGAUCAUUUGACCUGUGUCAGGUCAUAUCCAGAAGGGAACUCAUGACUGAUGCUCAAGAUCCAUCUAUUCUUCAAUCAAAAUAUGAAGAUGUUAGAAAUGUGUUCGUUGAUGAGGCUCAGAACUUUAAAGACAGAGACGGAGAUUGGUACUCAUUGGCUAACCAUUUAUCCAAUCAAAAGGCAGAAAAUAUGUCUACUUCAAGCAGUGGUUAUUUCUGGGUAUUCAUGGAUUAUGCUCAGAAGGUUCACAAGUUCAAAGCUGGAUUGCCUGGUCUCAUCGGCAAGAACAACUUCAUGCUUAGUGAAAUUUCUCGUAAUUCAAAAGAGAUCUUCGAAUAUGCUUCCAAAUUUAUGCAAGCUUCGGAUUCGAAAACACCAGCCACCCAAGGUAAUGUCUGUUUAACAGAUGUUCCAAAACUUGGCCAUGACUAUUCCACAGGGAAGGAUGUCAGCAUAAUCAAAUGUAGCCAGUCUGCCGUGAAGGACACGCUGAUUAAAGUCCUCGAAGAGUUCACCUCCAAUGGAGUCAAGCUUCAAGACAUGGCCAUCUUGAUGGGGAAGAAGAAAGAUGCAGAAACGAUGCAUGACAUGCUUAUCACAGACUUGUACAAACAAGAUUCUACCUCAACAGGCAAAGCCGAUGUUGUCACUGUGGACACAGUGCGUCGAUUCAGUGGUCUCGAUCGUCCAGUCGUCAUAGGCUUGGACCCUCGUAUCAACGAGGAACAUGCAGACAUGGACAAGUUCAUUGUAAACUUGGUGACCCGUGCUAAAGAUGGCCUGGUAAUCAUCACUACCUCAGACAGUCUGUUGAAGAAGCUCAAGGAUUAGUAUAUAUAACUGGUCAAUACAAUAGGUUCAUUUGUUAUAACCAGAAACAUCAUUAUACCAGUACAUGUAGUUAGAAGAUAGCCAGUUUGUUUUAAAAUUAGAGUUAAAGAAGACAUUAGGACAGGUUUUCUUUCUCAGGAGGGCGGGACGUAGCCCAGUGGUAAAGCAUUAGCUUGAUGCAUGGUCAGUCUGGGCUAUUUCUAACUCCAGCCAGUGCACCACGACUGCUAUAUCAAAUGCUGUGGUACC